CGCCCUUCGCAGGGCGGGUCUCUCGGGCUUAUAGGCGAGGCAAAGCGGCUCUCGGCUCUCCAGACGGCGUGCGCUUGGGCGGCGGCAGCAGAAUUAUCUGGGAGAUUCAAGAUUAGAAGAAUACUGAGUCUACGUUGUAAUGGCAGGAAGCUGGGGAACCAUCAAGGGAUCUACUUCCUUCAGUGCUGAAGAGGAUGCCCAGAAACUUCGAAAGGCUAUGAAAGGAUUGGGCACAGAUGAAGAUGCCAUUAUUGAAGUUUUGACCAAGAGGAAUUUGGCCCAACGACAGCAAAUUGCAAUUGCUUACAAAAGCUCCAUUGGCCGGGAUUUGAUUGCUGACCUAAAGUCUGAACUGAGUGGAAAUUUUGAGAGGACCAUUGUUGCACUGAUGACUCCCAUCACACUGUAUGAUGUUCAGGAACUGAAGAACGCUAUGAAGGGGGCUGGGACAGAUGAAGGCUGCCUGAUAGAAAUUUUGGCUUCUCGUACAAAUGAUGAAAUCCGACGGAUUAAUGAAACCUACAAACACCAGUAUGGAACUCACCUUGAGAAGGACAUUGUCUCUGACACGUCUUCGAUGUUGCGGAGAGUUCUGGUAUCUCUGGCAACUGGCAACAGAGAUGAUAGCAACUAUGUCGAUGAGGGCCUUGUCCAACAAGAUGCCCAGUGCCUGUAUGAAGCUGGGGAGGCCAGAUGGGGGACAGAUGAGGCCCAGUUCAUGACUGUCCUCUGUUCCAGAAACAAACAUCAUCUAGAAAAGGUAUUUCGCGCCUACCAGAACCUCUCUGGUAAGGACAUUACAGAAAGCAUUAAAUCUGAGAUGUCAGGUGACCUUGAAGAUGCUUUAUUAGCAAUAGUAAAAUGCAUGAGAAACAGGAGUGCCUACUUUGCUGAAAGACUGUACAAAUCCAUGAAGGGUUUGGGGACUGAUGAUAACACACUCAUUCGAAUCAUGGUGUCCCGCUGUGAAAUUGACAUGAUAGAUAUUAAGGCCGAGUUCAAACGGCUAUAUGGAAAAUCCCUCUACUCCUUCAUUAAGGGAGACACCUCAGGAGACUACAGAAAAGUUUUGCUCCGUCUGUGUGGUGGUGGUGAAGAUUAAGAAAUGAAUUAUCCGUGUCCUCUGCUUUUGGCACGGCCUAUAGCUGACCUUUAAGUGGUCUCAGCCUCUUGCAAUAAUGCUUUCAUUUCUUGGAGAAUGCUCCAAUGUAAACAGAGUGUCAGUUUUGCAUUGUUAAACCGAGAUUUUGCCAGCUAGAAGAUCUGUUCAAGUAAGCUUUGAUAGAUUAUCACCUCCUUGGUAGCAGGAGGGGGGCUAUUCAAUGUAGAAAGUAUGAUUUUUUUUAAUGGUCUGUUUCAUUGGGGUCCUGGCUUUUCAUCUUGCAGAAAGGUGUCUAGCCACAAACCAGAAACUUUGCUGUUGCUCCUUUUGACUGCGGUGGUGAUUGCACAUCUUGCUAUUGGAAAUAUUUAAUGGAGAUCAAGUUAGGCUCUAGGAUACUUUAGAGAUCCUGUCUGCUGCAUUGUUUAAGUUGUCCUAAGUGCUCUUCCUUGCAUACUGGCCGGGCUUCAUAAAAUAUUGAUAUAAUUAAAGGUGCCAGUAAACAGAUGAAUCCUUGCCCAAUAUGUGUGUGUCUCUUUUUUGUCUUGAAAUUAAAACUAACCCCACUGGAUGGGAACAAUAACCCUAUUUUGUUUUCAAAGAUGCAAAUAAGUGCCAGAUUGUAAUAUAGAGACAUGCCUAAUUCUACUCUGGGUUGAGGCCCUUUUCUCAUUUAUGCUUAUGGGCAGGUCUCUGAUACACAGUCUAGUAACCCAUGUUGAAUCCUGUGAUUCUUUCUUUUAAGAACAUGUGCCUAGUCCUCAUACUUAUGGGGAAACCCCACCUUCCUAAAUCCUUUAAAAACUACAGGGCCUGUGUUGGGCUUCUAUUAGCUAUGGAGAUUUUCUCAUUACAGAUACCUCUGUGUCCCUGAUACUGGUCUCUUGCAGGAUAUUCUGUAUUUUCCUUUCCAAGCCAUAUACGAGAAACUGGACAAAUUCCAAAGUCUGUGCAUAGGAACAUGCCUGUAUGUACACACAUGUUGAGUACAAUUUCUGCCAACAGAAUGUAAUCCGCAGGAUAAGUGAAUGCAUGCAGAUAUGUAUAGUAUCAGUCAGAAUAUUGAAUGUUUGUGGUAUGUAAUUUAGGAUUCGGUACUCCUGUAUUUACCCCGGUUAUGGUGUUGGCUGUUCACAAUAUGUAGACUUCUUUCAUUUGAAUAUAUGCAAAUUCUGACACAUUUUUGUACCUUUUCUACAAUAUGGCAGAGGUAACCUUGAAUUGUUUCUUAAGCCUGAGUUUUCUUAUUCAUGUGGGAAUGCUGCUUUGGAGCAAGCAUCAAACUGAAAUCUUGAUUCUGUGUAAUGCAAGACUUGCUCUCUAUCAGAAUGGAACCUCAACUUCAAUCUGAACAGGAAACUUUUCCUAAUAAAGUGGGGUAUUUUUCAGGAUAAAGCAAUUGUGAAAGUAUG